AUGGUUUCAGCAUCAGAGCCAAAGCUUCCAGUCAUAAAUUUCUCAAAAGAGAGUUUAGAGGUUGGCUCAGAGGGGUGGGAGUUAGCACGUAAAGAUGUUCAACGAGCGUUUGAGGAGUACGGUUGUUUUGUGGUUUUGUAUGAUAAAAUUACCUCUGAAUUUGGAAGCUCAAUGUUUGGGGCUUUAGAGGAGUUGUUUGAUCUCCCAACUGAAACCAAAAUGAAAAAUAAAUAUGAAAAGCCCUUGAAUGGUUAUGUUGGACAAAAUCCAGUGAUUCCCCUCCACGAGAGCUUGGGGAUUGACAAUGCCACCACUAAAGAAGGAACUCAAUUCUUCACCAAUCUCAUGUGGCCUCAAGGAAACGAUCGUUUCAGUGAAAGUGCAUACUCAUUCGCAAAACUAGCAGCGGAAAUCGAUGGAAUAGUAACGAGGAUGAUAUUUGAAAGCUAUGGUGUGGAGAAGUACUAUGAAUCUUAUGCUGGUUCGAUCACUUACCUUCUUAGACUACUGAAAAAUAAAGCGCCUCAAGGUGAUGAUCCUAAGCUAGGGUUUGUGGCUCAUACUGAUAAGAGCUUCACCACCGUUCUCUACCAAGAUUACAUUAAUGCCUUGGAGGUGGAAACUAAGAGUGGAGAUUGGAUCAAAGUUGACCUCUCAUCACCUUCCUCCUUUGUAGUUUUUGCUGGGGAUGCACUAAUGGCGUGGAGCAACGAGAGAAUAGUUUCACCUAGUCAUAAAGUGGUGGUGAGUGGUAAAGAAGACAGAUAUUCUCUUGCACAAUUUUCAUUUGGAGAUGGAAUGGUGGAAGUGCCGAAAGAGCUGGUGGAUGAGGAUCAUCCUUUGAAAUAUAAGCCAUUCAAUCAUCUUGGUCUAAUGCGUUUCUUCGCUGAAAACGCUUAUAAGAAGUUGAAGUCUCCUAUUAAAAGCUACUGUGGUGUUUAAAAUUAUAAUAUUAUUUAGA